GUUCCAGAUGAUAUUCUCCGUUUUUAAUAAAUUCAUAUACAUAAUAGAAGGGUCUCUUUUAACUGUUUGCACAUAAACGUACAUCGAUGAGUAAAUGUGUACACAGUGAUAAUAUGAAUCGGUGUACUGUAACCGUCGUUAAGGAUCAGUGAAACAAAUAUUUUUGAAAGUCAGCGUUCUAAAUCUUAACCGUACUGUAUCUGUUAUGGACUGUUAACAAAUACAGUACUGAGUACUUAUUGAAAUAUUACCGCGUACCCGGAAAUGAGUUGAUCUCGACAUUGUAGUAGGACGCAUUGUCGACAUUGUAUGACAGACUGUGGACAUUGUAUGACAGUUUGUCGACAUUGUAUGACAGACUCUGGGCAUUGUAUGACAGUUUGUCGACAUUUUUCAGGUGUUGUCACAUGGUUAUAUUAAGAUGAAGAAUAGUUCCAUGUAAACUAGCAACCGUUCGUACAUUCUGCGUUUGUUAAAACUUGGACAAUCAAUUCGCUGCAGUUUAAAUGUUCGAUGAAAUUAUAUCUACGAGUUUGUCCUAAACGCACAAGUGAACUCAGUGCUUGUGUACUUAAAUACGAGAUAUCAAAUGAAAUAGCUCUAGACGUAAUGUUCAUUGAACUGUUUACCUGUGUGAAUUGUUAUCACCUACCUAAACUAAAACGUUUAAAAAGUUUAGUUAAUGUAGGUAAAAAAUAUGCACCUUAAUAUAGCUGAGGAAGGUAGACUGAAAAACUACGGUGCAACUUCAGUUGGAUAUCAAAAUGGCGGAUAUUCAGGAACCGAAUACACCACAAGUGAAUUUACAGACCAAAUACCGAAGCCAGAACACUCGGUAAAAGACACAUUUAAAUAUUUGGAUGUGUACAACGUGAACUAUGAGGUGAAAGAGUGGGUGGGGCCGUGGUGGAAGGGUGCCUGCUUCCGGAAAAUACGUCACAAGCAAGUGCUCAAUAACGUCACGUUACGAUUGAAAUCAGGGGAAAUAACAGCGAUAUUAGGAAACUCAGGAUCUGGAAAGACCUCUCUGUUAGACGUCAUAACAUGCCGAUCGUCCGGCAAGGUAACGGGUGGUGUCUAUUAUAACGGCGCGCGGUGCACCCGUGACGUCAUUCAAAACCACGCGACGUACGUCAUGCAGGCGGACCGUCUGCUUCCCAACCUCACUGUCAGGGAGACGCUUAGGUACACGGCAAGUCUGAAACUCCCCGGACACACCAGCAACGCGGUGAUAGACAGAAAGGUUGCGCAAGUGAUCACGGAAAUGGGGCUGAAAGAAGUGGCGGACUCUCGAGUGGGCGGCCAUAUCAUUCGGGGGAUCUCAGGAGGAGAACAGAGGCGGGUUACCAUAGCCAUACAGCUCCUCAAGGACCCGGACAUGAUAUUCUUGGAUGAGCCCACGUCGGGUCUUGACAGCUACACGGCGCGAUAUCUCGUCUCCAACCUCCGAGAUCUUGCGAGACGCGGGAAAAUCGUGCUUCUCACCAUCCAUCAGCCGAGCUCUGAGAUUUUUACCCUGUUGGACAACAUCGGCAUCAUGUCUAGGGGAGAGAUGGUGUACUGCGGUGCUGCUGAGAACGUGGUGGAAUAUUUUACCGUCCUUGGAUACCCUUGUGACAAGUACACCAACCCGUUGGACAAAUACGUGGACGUGGCGAGUAUAGACCGGCGAGACAAGGAUAGUGAGGAAAGUAGCGUGAAACGUGUUGACAGCCUUGUCCGCGCCUACCGGAACUCCCGUCUGCACGCCGACACCGCCGCCGCCAUCACCAAGUACACCCAGGGCCGUUCAGCUACAUGGAAGAAGGAGCAGAAGGAUCCAGGACCGAGCUACCCACGCGUGUUUAUCACCAUUCUAAAUCGAAUGUACCGUAACUUGUUCCGGGACCGGAAGGACUACGUUGCGCGGCUGCUGUUACUUCCGCUGUUCUUCCUGUUUAUUCUGAUCUUCCUGGGGCGACUGAAACACAACCAGAAGAGCAUCCAGGACCGCGUGGGCCUCCUGUACCAGUCCGCUACCGUCCCGCCCUUCAUGGGUAUCAUCAACUCUAUACCGUUGUUCCCUUGUUUCCGUGACCUGUACUUUCGGGAGAGCCGGGACGGUCUGUAUGGCACGGCCACGUUCCUGUCCGCGUACUCACUGCACGUGCUACCCUUCCAUGCCAUCUCCAGCGUCAUCUUCAGUUCCAUGGUCUACUGGGUGACGGGCAUGCACCCAGGCGCGGACCAUUUCGGACUGUACACGCUGGAAAUUUUCCUGCUGCAUUACUGGGGUGAGGUGACGGCGGUCGCCAUGAUGGGGCUCUUUAUGAAUGCCAACCUCGCGCAGAGCGUCACCGCCCUCCUUCAGGCCGCCCACGUUAUCAUCGCUUCAGGCUUCCUCAAAAACGUGAAGACCCUUGUCAAGCCCUUCCAGUGGCUCAGCUGGGCCCUUAUACAUCGGUACUCGGCCGAAAUAUUCGUCGCCAACGAGUUUAAGGGCCUCAAGUUCGACUGUGACACGCCUACUGCACCAAACGUGACCACCCAGUGCAUAGAGUCCGGUGACGACUAUAUCGACGCCUAUUACCCGGGAAGUACCGAACACAUCGCACGGAACUUCGGCAUCCUCGUCGCUUACGACAUUGGCACUCUUAUUAUCGCAAUCAUGUGCUUUAAGAUAAAGGGCACCAAAAAUCUCCACUAGAGUUGAAAACUGAAGUCGGUUAAACAGCUUAUUACAGCUAGUAGUUUAGAAGUUGACAAUAUUCUGUGAAUGCAUUAUUUUUUUAUUUGAUAAAUCUAUUUAAUCGAUAUUCUCUAUUGCUUUACAUAUUUCAACCCAAAAAUAGCACACACAUCAAUACUGUAUAAAGAUUUGCUGUGUUAACUUGCAGUAAAAAACUUUCUGUUUUUGUUAUUGUUUUCUUCAUCACACAUUGUGUAAAUGUAUCGUCAUGAAAUAAGAUAUGAUUAAAUAAAAAAGUACAGACUUAAAUAUAUAUAUUAAUGAUCAUUAAUGAUCUCAUGAGCUGAGGAACUCGUAUUUCGAGUCAAUGCAAUAGUGUCUAUGCAAAAGAUUUUUGCUCACGCGUUUUAUGUGUAAUAUGAUUUAUAAGUCGUGGCUAAUAAUAAUUAAGUGUAUGUUCUGUUCAUGACAAUAAUUACUUAUUUAUGUUUUGUUGUUGGUGGUUUUACUUUUAUAUAUAUUAAUGCAAAUACAAUGUUGACAAUACUAUUGUUUAAUGUGUUGUAUUUUUCUAUGUAUACACUGUUGAAAAUAUCAGUGCAAUUUUGUCUUUACAAAAAACAAUGCAAAUAUUGUGUUAUUUUGUUUUCUAUUAUUCUGUCAGUAUAAUUAUU